AUGAGCAAAGCACCAGCCGUUGGUAUCGACUUGGGCACUACGUACUCCUGUGUGGGUGUUUUCCAACAUGGCAAGGUGGAGAUCAUCGCCAACGACCAGGGCAACCGCACAACACCCAGCUAUGUGGCCUUCACCGACACCGAACGUCUCAUCGGUGACGCCGCGAAGAACCAGGUGGCCAUGAACCCCACCAACAGUGUGUUCGAUGCCAAGCGUCUGAUCGGCCGCAAGUUUGAUGAUCCGACUGUGCAGCUCGAUAUGAAGCACUGGCCAUUCCACGUAAUCAAUGUGGGCGGAAAGCCAAAGAUUCAGGUGGAAUGUAAGGGUGAGACGAAGACCUUCUUCCCCGAGGAGAUCUCAUCUAUGGUGCUGUUGAAGAUGAAGGAGACGGCCGAAGCUUUCCUGGGCCGUCCGGUGACGGAUGCGGUGGUUACUGUUCCUGCCUACUUCAAUGACGGUCAGAGACAGGCCACAAAAGAUGCUGGCACUAUUUCGGGCCUGAAUGUGCUUCGCAUCAUCAACGAGCCGACUGCCGCAGCCAUUGCCUACGGUCUGGACAAGAAGGUUGGUAGCGAACGCAACGUCCUCAUCUUCGAUCUCGGUGGUGGCACAUUCGAUGUCUCCAUUCUGUCCAUUGAGGAUGGCAUCUUCGAGGUGAAGUCAACUGCCGGUGACACCCAUUUGGGUGGUGAGGACUUUGAUUCUCGAUUGGUGAAUCACUUUGCAACUGAAUUCAAGCGAAAACACAAGAAGGACUUGCUGGAGAACAAGAGAGCUGUGCGUCGUCUGCGUACUGCAUGUGAGCGAGCAAAGCGUACUCUGAGUUCCAGUGCACAGGCCAAUGUUGAGAUUGACUCUCUGUUUGAGGGAAUCGACUUCUACACGUCAAUCACGAGGGCUCGUUUCGAGGAGCUGUGUGGUGACCUCUUCCGUGGCACUCAAGAACCCGUGGAGAAGGCCCUUCGCGAUGCGAAGAUGGACAAAGCACAAAUUCACGAGGUGGUGUUGGUGGGUGGAUCUACUCGUAUUCCGAAGAUUCAGAAGUUGCUGCAAGAUUUCUUCAACGGCAAGGAACUGAAUAAGACUAUCAACCCAGAUGAGGCUGUUGCCUAUGGAGCUGCGGUGCAGGCCGCCAUUCUGUCGGGUGACAAGCAUGAGGUUGUGCAGGAUCUUCUGCUGUUGGACGUGGCGCCGCUGUCGAUGGGUUUGGAGACUGCUGGUGGAGUGAUGACCACCCUGAUCAAACGAAACACGACAAUUCCAACGAAGCAGACGCAGACCUUCACCACUUACUCGGACAACCAGCCAGGCGUGCUGAUUCAAGUGUACGAGGGUGAACGAGCAAUGACGAAGGACAACAAUCUGUUGGGCAAGUUUGAGUUAUCGGGAAUUCCACCGGCUCCUCGUGGUGUACCGCAGAUAGAAGUGACCUUCGAUAUUGACGCCAACGGCAUUCUGAAUGUUUCGGCGUGUGACAAGUCCACGGGCAAGUCGAACAAGAUUACCAUCACCAACGACAAGGGUCGUCUGUCGAAGGAUGACAUUGAACGGAUGGUGCAGGAGGCGGACAAGUUCAAGGCCGAGGAUGAGGCCCAGAGGAGUCGAAUCGCAGCGAAGAAUGGACUGGAGAGCUAUGCUUUCUCGAUGAAGUCGACGAUAGAGGAGGAGGGUCUGAAGGAGAAGUUGGCGGAGGAUGACAAGAAGAAGAUCGCGGAGAAGUGUGACGAGACCCUGCAGUGGUUGGACAGUAAUCAGACAGCGGAGAAGGAGGAGUUUGAGCACAAGCAGAAGGAGCUGGAAGCAGUGUGCAAUCCGAUAAUAACGAAGAUCUAUCAAGGUGCUGGUGGUGCCGCAGGGGGUAUGCCGGGCGGUUUUCCGGGUGGCAUGCCUGGUGCCGGCGCUGGAACAGGUGACGGCAGCAGUGCUGCUGGUGGCGGCAAAGGUCCAACCAUCGAGGAGGUUGAUUAA